AAACAAAGUGUUACUUGAUGUAAAAUAAAAUUCAUAAUUUCAACAUUUAAUGUUAUAUUUUUGAGUAUAAGUUACUUUAUAUUAUAUCUAGUUUUUGUAAAAAUUAAUCUUUAAUUAAAUAAAGAACUAAAAUUACGUAUUUGAAUAAAAAAAAGCAAUGCUUAGAACUUUUUUAAUUUCUCCAAACCAUCACAUAAAGUAAUUUGAUGCUGGUUUACUAUUGAUUCUCUUCUAUAGACUGUCAAAUGUAUUAUUAUAAUAGUGUUUAGGCAAUAAUCAAUACAAUGAUGAUCUCAAAAGUUGGAUAUAAGUUUUUUCCUUCAUUAAUUUUGUUUGUCUUUUAUUUACAACAUAAUGUUCAGUCAUCAAGAGUCCUAGAAUUGAGUGAUAGAUUCAUAGAAAUAAAAAAUGAAGGAGACUGGUUUAUAAUGUUUUAUGCACCUUGGUGUGGUCACUGCAAACGAUUGGAACCAAUAUGGAAUCAUGUUGCUCAAGCUUUACAUAACACUGAUAUCAGAGUAGGAAGAAUUGAUUGUACAAGGUACAAAAGAGUAGUUUCAGAGUUUGGACUUUCGGCUUAUCCAACAAUUAUGUUUAUAAAGGGCAAUGAAGGAUCAUAUAAUUUUAAUGGAGAGAGAUCUACUGAAGAAUUGGUUCAUUUUGCCAAGCGUAUGGAACGACCUCCGGUACAAGAAGUAACUGAUACAAAUGAUAUUGAAAUGCUAAAGCAAUCCAAAAAAAACUUUUUUAUGUUCAUUGGAGAAAGUAAAGAACAUUUUUGGGAUUUAUUUUAUGAUUUGGCAAAACAAUUUCAAGCUCAUUCAUACUUUUAUAUUACAUCCGAAAAUUUAGGAAAACAGCAUUUUUCGUUUGACAAAAGUCCUGCAGUUAUUGUGUAUAAAGAAGAACAACACUAUAUAUUUAAUGUUGAAGAAUGGGGUAUGGAUUUAAAUUCUAGUUUAACUGAAUGGAUUAACACUGAGAGAUUUGAUACUUUUGUUAAAGUUACUCGUUCUAAUAUACAUCAAAUGUUUGAAACAAAUAAGUAUUUAGUAUUGGCAAUAGUUGAAGAAAACAAAAUACCUAAGUUACCCAUUCAUCACUCAGAAUUUUUACAAAUGGUGGAAUCUGUUAUUGUUCAAAAUAGAGAUCGUUUUCAUCGUGAUUUUCAAUUUGGUUGGAUUGGAUCUCCAGAAUUUGCCAAUGCAAUUACAUUGAGUGAUGUUGCAGUACCUUCUCUAAUUAUUUACAAUUCUUCUACUAGACAUCAUCAUAUUCCAGAAGAAAAACCUCACGAAUUAACACCAGAAUCCAUUACGAUGUUUCUAGAAGCUGUUCGGAAUCAAUCUGCAAAGGCAUAUGGUGGAAAUGGUAUUUUGAUUCAAUUGUAUAGGAUGUAUUAUGAAACAAAGACAGCAUUAAUAAACAUUUGGACUGGAAAUCCAGUAGUUGCUUGUGUACUCUUUGGAUUACCUGGAAUAUUUUUGUUAUUAAUCCUAUACUCUACAUGUUGUACAGAUAUUAUGGAUGCAAACGAAGAUGACAAUGAUAAUGAAGAUGAGUAUCAUGAAAAAAAAGAAUAAAUUCAUAAAAAAAUGUUGGGUUUUAUAAUUUUAUAUAAUAUUUCUUGAAAACAAUUUUUUUUAGAGAUUUAUAGGGGAAUGUAUGUAAAAUAUGUAAAUUAUACAAAUUUUUAUGUAAUAGCUAUCAUUGUAAUUUAAACAAUUUGUCAUUUAUUUUUUCUGUAGUAAUUCAUAUAAACUGAUUAUUCCUAAGUGAAUAUUCAAUCAUAUGUAUAAAAUUACAUGUAUAAUUUACUAAAUUUGUAAUUUUUUAUUGUAUCUGUGUUAAUAACUUUAGGUAACAUUAAUAAAACAGUAUUA